AUGUCUGCUCCAGAGCAAACAAUCGAUAUCCAAAAUGACGCCCUACGCGUCUUCAAUAUCCUUCAAUCAGGCGGCAUCGCCAUAAUCCCCGCCAGCGUCGGCUAUGGAAUCGUUGCCACCGACCCGGACGCUCUACAGCGCGUCUUCGUGACCAAACAGCGCCAGCCACACAAGAAACACGCCAUGAUAGGUAGCUACGCGCUCCAUCGCAAACUACACGUCCUCCCUCCACGCGAGACUGGAAUGGUUCAUCUCCUCACGGUCGACCUCGACCUGCCACUAGGCGUCAUUGCGCCGUUCCGCGAGGACCAUCCGAUUAUCCAAAAACUGGGAAAGGAGAUACUGCAACGUAGCUCUGUUGAUGGAACAUUGUCAAUGCUCGUGAACGGGGGCAAAUUCCAGGAGGAACUAUCGCGGUUGGCAACUGAGGCCGGUCUGCCACUUAUGGGGUCAUCGGCCAAUUUAACUGGCAAGGGGACUAAGAGUACAGUUGAAGAUAUCGAGCCUGAGAUUCGUGAGGCAGCGGAUAUUAUCAUAAACUACGGUCGACAGCGAUAUUCCUCGCCGCGGCCGUCGUCGACUAUGUUUAAUUUUAAGGAUAUGAAGUUGAUGCGGUUUGGGGCUUGCUUUGAUGUGAUUCGGGAUGUCUUCUGGAGGUUUUAUGGGAUUCGGUUACCCGAUGACCCAGGACGAGAGGUGCUCUUUUCGGGCCACUUGGAUGCGAAUGCAAAUGUUUAUAACUAG